AAUCAGCAAGUCCCAGCAAAUAUUCUUAACACGCUUCUUCUUCUCUCUCUCUUUCUUGAUCUUUCUGGCUUUGGAAUUCAAUUCUUGGCUGCAAUUGAAAUCUGGGGUUUUCUGUUCUUGGUUGAAAAUCUAAUCUUUUCUGCUCAGAUUUGUUGGGUUUUUCUUUAAAUCGAAGAAGAAGCAGCCAUGCCUACUCUUGUUGGUUAUAGUGGUAAAGAAAAUCACAUAUCACUUGGUUGUGUGGAUGUGUACUACCCUCCUAGAAAGCGGGCAAGAAUUGCCUUCCCAAAUCCUGUUGAUGAAGAGAAGGAGAAGAACAAGCCUUCCAUUGAGAUUCUUCCAGAUGAAUGUUUGUUUGAGAUAUUUAGAAGACUGCCCGGAGCAUGUGAAAGGAGUGUCUCUUCUUGUGUUUCCAAACGCUGGCUUGCGCUCUUAAGUGGUGCUUGGUGUAACGAAGAUGUGGAAGGACAGUGCGAAGGGUACCUUACAAGGUCUCUUGAAGGGAACAAAGCCACCGAUAUUGGACUUGCGGCCAUUGUGGUAGGGACCUCAAGCCGUGGGGGGCUCGGGAAGCUUUAUAUCAGGGGGACCCGUGGAGUUACCGAUGUGGGUUUAUCGACGAUCGCUCUUGGCUGCCCUUCCCUAAGGGUACUGUCCCUUUGGAAUGUCCCUUCAAUUGGGGAUGAAGGCCUUUCCACGAUUGCAAAGGGAUGUCAGUCAUUGGAGAAGCUAGAUUUAAGCCAUUGUCCUUCAAUUUCCAAUAAAGGGCUUAUCGCCAUUGCAGAAAAUUGCCCUAAUCUGUCCUCAUUGACUAUAGAAUCAUGCCCUUAUAUCGGGAACAAUGGGCUUCGGGCUAUCGGAAAUCGGUGCACUAAGUUACGGUCCGUCACUGUGAAGGACUGCCCGGGAAUUUCGGAUGAGGGUGUUUCUGGUCUUCUAUCAUCUGCUUCCACUGUCUCGAAAGUGACACUACACGGUUUAAGCGUAACGGAUUUCUCGCUUGCCGUUAUCGGACAUUAUGGGAAGGGAAUCACCCGGCUCGACCUCGGGGUGCUUCAUAACGUGACCCAAAAGGGGUUUUGGGUAAUGGGUAACGCCCGCGGUUUGCACAGUUUGGCUUCUUUGACCGUCUCUUCGUGCCGUGGGAUAACGGAUGUGAGUCUUGAGGCAUUGGGAAAAGGCUGUUUGGAUCUAAAGCAUAUCUGUCUUCGCAAGUGCUUCUUCGUGUCGGAUUUCGGGUUGGUGGCGUUCACAAGAGCGAAUGAAUCUCUUGAAAGUUUGAAGCUGGAGGAGUGUAACCGGAUCACCCGAACCGGUUUUCUCAACGCGGUUUCCAAUUGCAGAAAACUGAAGUCCAUUUCAGUGUCCAAGUGCUACGGUGUCAACGAUAUCGAUCCCGAAACACCCUUUCUGUCUCCAUGUGGGUCCCUUAGGUCUCUUGAUCUCGGGGGGCUUAACGGUAUAACAGAUUCAGGUCUUAUCCCUCUUCUGAAGAGCUGUGAGUCGGGACUGGUCAAGGUGAAUCUCAGUAACUGCCCGAACCUGACCGACGAAGCCGUUAUGGAACUUGCCCGGUUGCAUGGGCAGACACUCGAGGUUUUGAAUCUCGAAGGCUGCCCGAAGAUCACGGACGUGAGUUUGGAGGCGAUUGCCAGAAACUGUGUUUCGCUCAACGAUCUCGACGUUUCAAAGUGUUCGGUGACGGAUUAUGGCGUAGCUGCGUUGUCGCGCGGCAGCGUGCAGAGGAAUCUGCAGAUUCUUUCCUUGUCAGGCUGCGUCAUGGUCACCGAGAAGAGCAUUCCGUUUCUUGAAAUGCUAGGGAAGAGUCUGAUCGGUUUAAAUCUCCAGCAUUGUAACUCUAUGUGUAGCCGCGCGGUUCAACUCCUAGUGGAGAACUUAUGGCGGUGUGAUAUUCUUUUGUGAAAACUUGUUGGAUGAAGAUGGCGUUCGGUUAGAAACUGGGCCCCAAUCCACCAUCUUUGGGGGUUGGGGUGGGGGGUCUGGAGUACGGGGCAUCAGAAUGAAUCGAACUACGAUGGUUAGGGAUGGUACACUUGGGUGAUUUUGAUGGGUUUACCCCUUUUGAUUUUGGGGCGAAGAUGGUUUAGUGGAUUGGCGGUUUUCAGGGAGGAUGUGGCUGUUUUCCGGCGAUUUUUUUGCAGGCUUUCUGUAAAGGUCUGUUGCAGUCCUUCCCAAAAACAUAGGCCAUAUCCCAAACCUACAUUUUCACUCAUGACACCAUUAGAGAGAAUUGUGCACCCAUGGUGGGACUGUAGAAUGACCCCUUCACUCAUAAGUUGUCUGAAUGCCAACAUGUUCCGGACCAACUCUUGGCUCGGAGACGCUUCAAUGUUCUCUAACCACACAUGAUAAUGAUGAUGAUGACGGAUCAGCCUGCGGGCCCCACAGAUAGAAUCGGAGCGUGGUGGGUUAGGUCCCAUCUGGUGGCUUGCCGGUGGCCACAGACAAGUUUCGGAGGUUGUGUUUUUUUUUUUGAAAUUUUGGUUUAGAGGAUUGGUGGUUAAGAGAUGUAUUAGGUCAUGUUUUGGUUUUUGUACCUUUGCUUGUUAACUACAGUGUAUAUAAUAUGUGUAACCAGUUUUGGUGCAUACAAUGAAAGAAGUUUUCAGCU